UGACGUCUAACCUAUAAACUGACAAACCGUCGCCGACAUGGAUCCCGGGCUCUGUCGCAAGGUGGUGCAGCCCUACAUAAAAGUGGUGAGGGCCCAAGAUGUGAUGCAGCAAGUGAUGGCCGAGAUGCUUAAGGGGUCGUUCUCGGUGAGCGAGAAACCCGAAGACAUGUACAACUACCUGAGGACCUUCGCCACCGACUCGCCCAGCAUCGCCUUCGUCCUGCGGAAGACCGCCGACGUGUUACGUGCCACCACCGACUGUUACGAGGUGAACAUUUGGCUGGUGGAGGGCCGGUUCGUGUCUAUGCUCAAGGAGGACCAAUGUCCGAGAAUCAGGCACAGGAUCAAACCGGGCCAGAUACUGUCGAGUCACGUGGCCGACUCCAAGACCCACCUCUUCAUCAACAACUGGCCCGACUUCAAGCAAAACAUCAACCUCAGCUUUGGUUACAGGACGGCCACGGACAUACAAAGCGUCAUUUGCAUACCGGUCAUCACCCCCGAGGAAGACGUGGUCGCCACAAUCGAAAUGAUCAAGAUCGGAGGCCAAGACACGUUCCGUGACGUGGACUUGAAGAUAAGUCUGAUUAUAGCCGGGUGGAUUGGGGCCGCCAUACAACAGAACCGUGACCGCAUAGUGUUGCAGGAACAACACAAAAUCAACAACAUGAUCCUUAAUAAGGUGAAGAAGUUUUUCACAGCCGCCCUGACAGUCGAUGACGUACUGGUGGCGGUCAUGAAGAUCACGCGGGAAGUAACCAAAGCCAAAAAGUCAACCCUGUACCUCACCGAUCCGAAUAGCGAGGACUUGAAGGCAACGGUGAUGGUGGACGGAAUAGACGACAGCGAAAAUCUGUACAGGAAGUGCGUGAUGGUGAAACUAAAGGACUUCAAGACCGUUGCUGGGUCGGUCGCACGUCGCAGGAGGAGCGUCUUGCUCAAAAACCUCACCAAAGACCGGCGGUUUAACAAGAUAGACGAAGACCCGAAAUGCAGGCGCAAAACUAUAAUGGGGGUACCCAUCAAAAGUGGCCGCAAAAUGUUCGGUGUCUUAGAGUUGGAGAACAAGACGGACGACACAAACUUUUCGGAGUCCGACGAACUGUUCGUCAGGAACAUUUGGCGGUACUGCUCCCUGAUACUUAACUUCAACGGCAUACGUGGCGAGUACCCGAAACAAUUGAACUCGAUCAACGUGAACAAGAUAAUGUUGCACAGGAUGCUGAAACCGUGCCCUCAUCAACAGACUGGUAUUUUUAUUGAAGAAAAUCUGGAACUGCCCACCGGUUUCAACACGUUUGCCUGGUACAUCCCCAUGAACGACAAAGAAAAAAUGGUACCGUACGCGUACACCAUGAUAGAAAGUGUCAUAGGUAAGCCGAGAGUCAUCAGCGACGCCCUUCAAAAGUUCGUACUGACGGUCGAAAAGCUGUAUCGGGACAACGCCUACCAUAACUUUGAACACGCCUUCAACGUCACCCACUGCGUCCAUUGCAUCUUAAGGAAAAACCACGUGGUACCGUUCAAUCACAUAGAAAAGUACGCCCUCAUUGUGUCGGCAAUUUGUCAUGAUUUAGACCACCUGGGCGUGACCAACAGCUUUUUGAUACUGACGGAGCAUCCCUUGUAUUUCUUGUACGCGACCAGUUGCUUGGAGUACUACCAUUGUUUGGUUACCUCUCUUAUUAUGGAGGAGAACGAGUUCAUCUACGACUUCAGCGAGGACGAAUACAAGUUGUUUCAAAAGGAGAUCAAACAGAACAUUUUGGCCACGGACAUCGCCAACCAUUUCAAACUUAGAUACAGGGCUAACACCAUUUUCGGUGGUGAUGGUUUCUUCGACGGAGAGGUCUCGGAGCAUCGGAAAUUUGCCAAGAGUAUGAUGAUGACGUGCGGCGACUUGUCGGGAGUUUGCAAACCGUUCCCGAUAGUCGUGGCCAACGUUGCCAACGUGUACAUCGAGUUUUACGGCCAAGGUGAUCUGGAAAGGGAAAGGGGGUACGUCCCUUUACCCUUAAUGGAUAGGACCAAGAGCGACAACAUACCGACUGAGCAGAAGGAGUUCAUGAACCUGCUCGUGAUCCCUUGCACAGCUAUCAUCAAGAUUAUAUUUCCCAACUGUCAGGAGAUUCACGAUUUGGCUCUUCAGGUCAGGGACAUUUGGGAGGAGAUUGGGCUGCACAACAAGGACUGGAGGACUUACGUACCUCCCAAGCCACACAAAAUUAAGAAGAAGAGCAUCAACAAAUAACUUUACACUUUUACACUUGUUUUUACUUAUACAAAUUAUUUAUAAAUUUAUUAGUUGUGUAUUUACUCAUUGGAACAGAUGAAUAAAUGUAAAUUUUUACGUCCCCAGCCAAA